AUGAAGGAUUCUCAGGAUAUUCAGAGCACCACAGAGUUGCAGAUGUCCCCCCAGGGUACUAAUGAAGUGCAAAGUAACCAACUAAACACAAUGGCCACUGAUGCACCUGCAGGAGAUCCCGGUUCUGUGGCAGUCGCUAACAAUGAUAAUAGAAAAGUCUCCCGUGAAGACAUUGAACUUGUCCAAAAUUUGAUAGAGCGCUGUCUGCAGCUGUACAUGACCAAAGGAGAGGUUGUUAGGACACUUUCUACUCGUGCUAGAAUAGAACCUGGCUUCACUACUUUAGUAUGGCAGAAACUUGAAGAAGAGAACUCUGAAUUCUUUCGGGCUUACUAUAUAAGAUUGAAAUUGAAAAGACAGAUUGUCUUGUUCAACCAUUUAUUGCAGCACCAGUAUAAUUUGAUGAAAUAUCCAGCACCUCCGAAUGUUCCGCUGGCUCCCAUGCAAAAUGGAAUGCAUCCUAUGCCAGUUAACAAUCUACCGAUGGGGUAUCCAGUACUUCAGCAACCUCUGAUGCCUGCUCCUGGCCAGCCUCACAUUGAUCCGAUGGUUUGUGGUCUAUCCAGCGGCCAUGUAGUGAAUGGGAUCCCUGCACCAGGUGGUUAUCAUCCAAUGCGCAUGAACUCUGGAAAUGACAUGGUUGUGGACAAUGGUGCACCGGAAGCUGCACAUGCUGGUGCUAUGUCAUCUGAUAUGGCUGUGAGUCCCUCAUCAGCAGCAUCAAGCCAUGCUCCUUUCACUCCAUCUGAGAUACCAGGGAUGGCCAUGGAUACAUCAGUCCUGGAUUCAGCAUUUGGAUCUGAGAUAGGGAACACAGGACCUCUGCAAUUAGGGGCAGAUGGGUCGUCAAGGGAUUCCAUCCGAUCCUUGGGGCAGCUCUGGAAUUUCAGCCUCUCUGAUCUUACAGCAGAUUUGACAAGUUUAGGAGACUUGGAGGCUCUUGAGAAUUACGCGGGUACCCCUUUCCUGCCCUCGGACUCGGAUCUCUUACUUGAUUCCCCAGACCAUGAUGACAUAGGUAAUUUUGCUUGUGCUGUGAUUUAUCUCGGCCAUGAAUUGCCGGUUAAUCAUCAUAUACAUACCUGA